UUUACCAAUUCCCUUCCUGGGAGCUGCGGCCUCCCUCGCUUGGCCCCACUCCCGUUUACCCUUUCCCCAGCUCCCGCCUUAGCCAGGGGCUUCCCCACCUGCCGCUAGGGCUCUGGCCGAAGCGUCGCUCCGCGCCCGCCUGCCGCUCCCCGGGCUGCACUUUCACUUUCGGUCCUGGGGCAGCUAGGCCGGCGGCGGUGGUGGCGGCGGCGCAAGGGUGAGCGCGGCCCCAGACCCCCAGGUAGUUAGAGCAAGAAGAUGGUGUUUCUGUCCCUCAAAUGGUCCCUUGCAACCAUGUCAUUUCUACUUGUUGGCUCACUGUUGGCUGUCUUAACUGUGUGCACUCCUUCAUGGUGUCAGAGCAGUGAAGCAUCUCCAAAAGGUAGUGAUGGGACGCCAUUUCCUUGGAAUAAAAUACGACUUCCUGAGUACGUCAUCCCAGUUCAUUAUGAUCUCUUGAUCCAUGCAAACCUUACCACGCUGACCUUCUGGGGAACCACGGAAGUAGAAAUCACAGCCAAUCAGCCCACCAGCACCAUCAUCCUGCAUAGUCACCACCUGCAGAUAUCUAGGGCCAUCCUCAGGAAGGGAGCUGGAGAGAGGCUAUCCGAAGAACCCCUGCAGGUCCUGGAACACCCCGCUCAGGAGCAAAUCGCGCUGCUGGCUCCCGAGCCCCUCCUUGUCGGGCUCCCGUACACAGUUGUCAUUCACUAUGCUGGCAAUCUUUCGGAGACUUUCCACGGAUUUUACAAAAGCACCUACAGAACCAAGGAAGGGGAACUGAGGAUACUUGCAUCAACACAAUUUGAACCCACUGCAGCUAGAAUGGCCUUUCCCUGCUUUGAUGAACCUGCCUUCAAAGCAAGUUUCUCAAUCAAAAUUAGAAGAGAGCCAAGGCACCUGGCCAUCUCCAAUAUGCCAUUGGUGAAAUCUGUGACUGUUGCUGAAGGACUCAUAGAAGACCAUUUUGAUGUCACUGUGAAGAUGAGCACCUAUCUGGUGGCCUUCAUUAUUUCAGAUUUUGAGUCUGUCAGCAAGAUAACCAAGAGUGGAGUCAAGGUUUCUGUUUAUGCUGUGCCAGACAAGAUAAAUCAAGCAGAUUAUGCACUGGAUGCUGCGGUGACUCUUCUAGAAUUUUAUGAGGAUUAUUUCAGCAUACCGUAUCCCCUACCCAAACAAGAUCUUGCUGCUAUUCCCGACUUUCAGUCUGGUGCUAUGGAAAACUGGGGACUGACAACAUAUAGAGAAUCUGCUCUGUUGUUUGAUGCAGAAAAGUCUUCUGCAUCAAGUAAGCUUGGCAUCACAAUGACUGUGGCCCAUGAACUGGCCCACCAGUGGUUUGGGAACCUGGUCACUAUGGAAUGGUGGAAUGAUCUUUGGCUAAAUGAAGGAUUUGCCAAAUUUAUGGAGUUUGUGUCUGUCAGUGUGACCCAUCCUGAACUGAAAGUUGGAGAUUAUUUCUUUGGCAAAUGUUUUGACGCAAUGGAGGUAGAUGCUUUAAAUUCCUCACAUCCUGUGUCUACACCUGUGGAGAAUCCUGCUCAGAUCCGGGAGAUGUUUGAUGAUGUUUCUUAUGAUAAGGGAGCUUGUAUUCUGAAUAUGCUAAGGGAGUAUCUUAGUGCUGAUGCAUUUAAAAGUGGUAUUGUACAGUAUCUCCAGAAGCAUAGCUAUAAAAAUACAAAAAACGACGACCUGUGGGAUAGUAUGGCAAGUAUUUGCCCUACAGAUGGUGUAAAAGGGAUGGAUGGCUUUUGCUCUAGAAGUCAACAUUCAUCUUCAUCCUCACACUGGCAUCAGGAAGGGCUGGAUGUGAAAACCAUGAUGAACACUUGGACACUGCAGAAGGGUUUUCCCCUGAUAACCAUCACAGUGAGGGGGAGGAACGUACACAUGAAGCAAGAGCACUACAUGAAGGGCUCUGACGGCGCCCCGGGCACUGGGUACCUGUGGCAUGUUCCAUUGACAUUCAUCACCAGCAAAUCAGACAUGGUCCAUCGAUUUUUGCUAAAAACAAAAACAGAUGUGCUCAUCCUCCCAGAAGAGGUGGAAUGGAUCAAAUUUAAUGUGGGCAUGAAUGGCUAUUACAUUGUGCAUUACGAGGAUGAUGGAUGGGACUCUUUGACUGGCCUUUUAAAAGGAACACACACAGCAGUCAGCAGUAAUGAUCGGGCGAGUCUCAUUAACAAUGCAUUUCAACUCGUCAGCAUUGGGAAGCUGUCCAUUGAAAAGGCCUUGGAUUUAUCCCUGUACUUGAAACAUGAAACUGAAAUUAUGCCCGUGUUUCAAGGUUUGAAUGAGCUGAUUCCUAUGUAUAAGUUAAUGGAGAAAAGAGAUAUGAAUGAAGUGGAAACUCAAUUCAAGGCCUUCCUCAUCAGGCUGCUAAGGGACCUCAUUGAUAAGCAGACGUGGACAGACGGGGGCUCAGUCUCAGAGCGAAUGCUGCGGAGUGAGCUACUCCUCCUUGCCUGUGUGCGCAAGUAUCAGCCGUGCGUACAGAGGGCAGAAGGCUAUUUCAGAAAGUGGAAGGAAUCCAAUGGAACCUUGAGCCUGCCUGUCGACGUGACCUUGGCAGUGUUUGCUGUGGGGGCCCAGAGCACAGAAGGCUGGGAUUUUCUUUAUAGUAAAUAUCAGUUUUCUUUGUCCAGUACUGAGAAAAACCAAAUUGAAUUUGCCCUCUGCACAACCCAAAAUAAGGAAAAGCUUCAAUGGCUACUAGAUGAAAGCUUUAAGGGAGAUAAAAUAAAAACUCAGGAGUUUCCAAAAAUUCUUAUACUCAUUGGCAGGAACCCAGUAGGAUACCCAUUGGCCUGGCAAUUUCUGAGGAAAAACUGGAACAAACUUGUACAAAAGUUUGAACUUGGCUCAUCUUCCAUAGCCCACAUGGUAAUGGGUACAACAAAUCAAUUCUCCACAAGAACACGGCUUGAAGAGGUAAAAGGAUUCUUCAGCUCUUUGAAAGAAAAUGGUUCUCAGCUCCGUUGUGUCCAACAGACAAUUGAAACCAUUGAAGAAAACAUCCGUUGGAUGGAUAAGAAUUUUGAUAAAAUCAGAGCGUGGCUGCAAAGUGAAAAGCUUGAACUUCUGUAAAAAUUCCUCCCUUGUCAGGUUCCUGUUAUCUCUAAUCACCAACAUUUUGUUGAGUGUAUUUUCAAACUAGAGAUGGCUGUUUUGGCUCCAACUGAAGAUACUUUUAUCCCCUCAACUCAUUUUUUGACUAUCCCUGUGAAAAGAAUAGCUGUUAGUUUUUCAUGAAUGGGCUAUCGCUACCAUGUGUUUUGUUCAUCACAGGUGUUUCUCCUGCAACGUAAACCCAAGUGUUGGGUUCCCUGCCACAGAGGAAUAAAGUACCUUAUUCUUCUCAUUUUUAUAGUUUAUGCUUAAGCCCCCCAGUGUCCAAAACCCUGUGCCCCAUGUUUGUCAUUCAUAAACUGUUUCAUCAGUCUCCUCAAAAGACUCUCAACAGUCGACUACUGAACAAUGAACACCUGGCUCUGAGACUAAGCUGGACGAUGGCUGGGUUAAAGCUCUCCCUGCUGACCCCUCCAGACCCGCUGCCCACCCCUCUCUUCCUUGCUCCACGCCCAGGGGCUGACUUGUAAAGGCCAAGUCAUCAAGCUUUCUUGCCCUUUGGAUGUUGGUCAAUGGGGAGCUGGAGAGCUGGAGCUGGGGUCGGAGGAGGUAGUAGGUGGAGGUGUUCUUCCCUGAUUCCCUUGCCGGAUGCCUCAUGCUGGCCUCCCCUGAGGGUCUUAGCUCCUGAGAGGGGACCCUCUUUUCCACACAGCCUUCUCCACCUCUGGAUUUUGGUAACUGCUCCCUCCUCAUCCCUUCAGGAUUAGGGGCCUCAGUGGGAGCCUGGCGUUUACUAGUCCUGGUGGACUUGUGGUUUCCACAUAAUGUGCUCGCACUUUUGCAAAAAAUCUUUUUAUACCCUCCUCAGAUAAUUCUGAGUGUCAUCUAUUUCCCUGACUGAUGAUACAGUAUCUCUUCUGAAAAAGCAGAGUGCAUUCAUGUAUGUAGGAAAACCCUUUUCUUAGGGAGGUGAUUUUUUUUCUCUCUCUGCUUCUUAUUUGGCCUACUUUACAAUUUCUAACUAGUUAUUGGCAUUUACUGACAGUAAAUUAUCGCAGUCACCAAUAAAUGAUAGUACACUGUGAAACAAAAUAUUUGCUCAUAUUAGCAAAUAGGACAUUCUUUGGCUUUGAAGUCUUUUGUGAAGACUUCACUCGCAGUUGCUUCAGUACACAGUUGCUUCUCAGGUUUUAUGUAUAGAUAAUAGAAAGCACAGUUUACUAACAUGGUAAACCAACGGAGUUCAAGUCAGAUAACACCCUAAGACUUAGAUUUUAUUUCUUAUUCUGAAAACUUGCUACACAGGGACUUAUCUAACCCACAGUGUGCUCUGUUGCUGACUUGAUUCAAGUUGCAGGGUGUUUUGCGCUGACUCUAAGGUGCGGAAAUCCUCACACCUGGCAAAGAAGAAUUCAAACUGAACUUUUUGAAUAUAAGGGAAAAACUUCAAGGUAAGGGAAGAUGAUUGAUAUGAAAAAUGUCAAAAUGUGUUCCUCUAAUACACGACAGAAUAGAAUGACUUCUGGACAUAAAUCUGCCAUUUAUUAAACUAUUCACCGUGGUAUAAAAGUGUAAACCAUACAAAUAGGUAUAAAAGUGGAAUUGGAAUUUUUAUACUUAUUUGUUGUAGUGAAUGGUUUAAUAAAAAUGGAAAUCACUGGCAAUUUCCACCCCAAACUAUUUCCCUUUAAAAAAAAUACACAACCAAGAUGUUAAUGUAAAAUAUUUUGCUUUAAUUGUAUUUUAUGCCUUGAUUAAUGAAACAUGGAAAUACUGAUUUUCAGUUUUGGUCACCUGAGGAACCUAUCUUUGUUUGCUUUUGGAAAAGCCCAUUUUCUAAACAGAUACAAUAUUGCCACAACGAUGUGCAGAAAUCUUUUUGAUGAUAAAAAUUGUUCUUUGCCUCUAA